UGAAACUAGAAAGCCUCUUGGUUGUUGUAUUUUUUUUGGACUGGCGUUCUGCGCCUUUUAUAUGAACAAUAAUGCGAAAUAGAGUAAUUAGCGGUUAAAUUAAGUACCUAUUUUAAAGCUGAACUAAUUUGCAUGGCUUUGUGGCAUAAUGGAAGGCGUCACAGCGAAGGAAACUGAGAAAGAGCUAACCUCAACAUCCACAAGCAGUUUGGUAGUGGGUAAGCUUCUGUCAACAACAAAUAAAGAGGAAAAAAACGAUUCGAAUGAUACUGUACCUACAUCGUCCACGGACGCGAGUACAUCUAGUAAAUCUACCCAUUUAGUUUCAGAUGAUAUUAUCAGUAGCACUUCUUCUGAGGCAGAAUCUUCCAAAACGAAAAACAUGGACGCUGUAGACAACGCUGCGGCCACCUUUGAAGCUGAGCUUCUAGGAAUGUCUAUGAAGCGAUCAACUGAAAAAAUUGAAGAAAAUGUUGACGAUUUGGUCAACGACUUGGAGACGCUAUUAGGAGAACCAAGUGAUACUUUUGUACUCACUAGGAAGACUGUGGAAUCUAAAAAGGAAAAGACUGAAGUGAGCUCACAUGACGAUCUUGUCAAUAUUCUCGAAGAAAAAUUGGACAAUGAAGUAUCUAGUAAUACUGAGACAGCACAAAUAGCCGCUUCUAUUGCAGCAAAUAUUGGAGAACCAAGCUGCAAUAAAUUGCAGGAUUCUGUAACAAAAAUUGAUAAUCAAUCCUCUGAUAUUGACAAGGAAGAUGUAAAAAUUAAUGAAACAACUUCUAGUCAAGGUGAUGUAACUUUAGACUCUAGAAAAGAGAAUUUGAUAGAAUCAGUAGCCGAUGAUAGUCCAAAAUCUGGGCAAAGUUUGGAAAACAAGCCAGCUGCGGAUUUAGAAGUUAUUGCAGAAAAAUGCAAUAUCUCCAUAGAAGUAGAUGAUAAGCAAACAUUACUGAGCCAGAAAUUAUAUCAAGAACAGACAAAUAUUGGUGAAACAGAAACUGAAUCAGAAGGAAUUGAUCCAACUGUGGAGUUUCCAGAGAAGAAGGAAGAGGAAACUGAAUUUAUUGUAGAGGACACUAGUGGCAUUGAUCAAGAGAGUACAGAAGCUACAGAAUCUGCAUUCGAAGAGAACAUUAGUAAGGAUGUUUUGCAAGGAACUGAAAUAGCAGAAAUCAAGGAAAAAGAUGAGGUAACUAAUAAAGGAGCAGAUACUUCAAAACAAAUUGUUAAAGAUGUUUCUGAGGAUCAGUUACCAAUUGAAAAUAUUGUUAGUGCCCAGGAAUCAACAUCAGAAAAAACUCUCAUAGAAGACAAAAUUGUUCCUAUUCAAAUUUCUGAGGCAAGUAAUGAAGAAAAUAUUAAAUCAGACAUUGAUCAAUGCAUCAAAAUUACAGAACAAAUCGAACCCAAACAAUCUUCAGAAAAUAAGACCCAAGAACCUAUUUGUACUAAGCUGGCAGCAUCUGAAGAAAAAUGCAGUAUUUCCAAUAUUGAUAAUACAGAAUUGAGAGAGGAAGCCCCUAAAGAAGCAAACAUUGAAGCUACACCGUUAUCUCAAGUUCUAUCUGAAGAAAUUUCUGAUGCUCCUAUUACUACUAUAAUUGAAGAAAUUCCAUCAGCUAUUAUUGAGAAUGUAGUUGAAGAAGUUCCUGAAACUCUAGCAGAAGUUAGAGAAGAAAAAGAACCUGAUACCACUUCUGAAGUAGAGGUAAAACCUAUUCAGGACAACGUGGUUAUUGUUCAGGAACUGGAAAUGGCUCCUAUAGUUGAGAAAUGUGAGGAAGUAACUCAGGAAAAUAUGCCUGUCAAAGAAUCUGAAGCAACGCAGGAAGAUGUAGUUGAACCUAAAGUGGUGCAAGAAGAUGUCAUUGUGGUCACAAAAUCUGAAACAACUCAAGAACAUAUUCCUCUGGAAAAUGUGUCAAUAGUUGAAAAAUCUGAUAUUUCACAGGAAGAUGUGCCUGUAGCUGAAAAAUCUGAUUUAACUCAGGGAGAAUCUGAAACAAUUAUACCUUUAGUAGAGGAACCAGAAGAAGAUGUCCCUCUAGUUGAAGAAUCAACUAAGAAAGUAGAGCCUGUUGUUGAGGAAUCUGAAAAUACACAGGAAAAUGUCCCUGUAGCUAGUAAAGAAUCUGAAUUAGAAUGUGUGGUUGAAGAAAUAACUGAAGAAUAUGUACCUCUAGUUAGAGAUUCUGAUAUGACUGAAGAAUAUGUUCUUGUAGUUGAGGAGCCAGAAGAACAGGUCUCUGUUGUUCAAAACCCUGAAACUUCACAAGAAGGUGUAGUAGAAGAAUCUAAAACAGCUCAAGAAGUAAUUCCUGUAAUAAUUGAAGAAAUAACCGAAACAAAUGUAUCUGAGGCUCAAAUAUCUGUAGAAGAUGUUCCUGUAGUCGAAGAGAGUGUUUCUGUUGUUGAAGACCCUGAAAUUGCUCAGGAAGAUCUGAUUAUAGUUAAGGAAUUGAAGAAUGCUCAGGAAAAUAUCACUCUGGUGGAAGAACAUGUGCCUGUGGUUGAAGAUUCUAGAAUGCCUGAUAAAGAUGUUCCUGUUGUUGUAGAACCUGAAAAAUUAUCUCAAAAAAUUGUAUUCGAUGUUGAGGAAACUGAAACAGCUCAGGAAGAUGUCCCUGUAAUAAAACAAGCUGAUGAAAACUCUCUUGACAAUGUUCCAGUUGUUGAAAAAGUUAAAAUAGAUCAAGAAGGUUCUGGAGUUACAAAAUCAAAAGCAUUUCCCGAAGAUGUCCCAGUAGCUAUUGGAUCUGAAAUGGUGCAAAAAGACAUUCCAGAAGUUGAAAAAUCUCAAAUAGCUCAGGCAGAUACCCCAGUUGAUGAAAAACCCGAAGUGACUGUUCAGGAGGAUGACCCUGUUGUUAAUACAGCUCAUAAAGAAGUGUCUGAAGUUGAAAAACCUGAAGAAAAAACUCAGGAAAAUAGGUCUGUUAUUGAUGAACAGGUAAUGCCUCGAGAAGAUGUUCCUGAACUUGAAAAAUCUCAAACAGCUGUUUCAGUAGCUGAAAAUCUUAAAGGAAUAACUCAAGAAAAUGUGGAUGUUGAAGAAACUAUAAAUGUGCCUAUUGUAGAACAAAUUGAAGCAAUUCAGGAACAAGUCCUUUCAGUUGAAGCAGAACCUACUAUAGUCCAAGAAAAUAUCCCAGUGAUUCAAUUAUCAAAAGAAAGUCCUGGAACUAUUGAAAAAAAUAUUCCUGUAGUUGCAGAAUCUGAAAUAAUUCAAAAUCAUCCUGAAAUGAAAGAAGAAUUUGUCAAAUUACAAAAAAAUGUGCCAAUUAUAACUGAGAUGGAAGAAAGUCAAGAUAUUGAGGAGGUACCUGCCUCAAAACAAAAAGAUACUGUUGAAGAAAAAGGUGAAGCCUCUGAAGUUAUCCAAGAAAAGCAGCCACUUAUUGCUGAAUAUACGAAAACUUGUGAAGUUGAGCCAACAAUUCGAUCUUUGGCUGGCGAUAGAGAUAAGACAGUAAAAGAUAAUAAAUUAACCGAACCCAUUGAACAGACGAAACUAGUCUCUGAAGUCAACAUAAGAAGGAAAACAGUGGAACAAGACCUGGAAAAAGUAGUAUGUCUAAGUGAAGAAUCAUCAGAUUCUGAUAUCAGUAGCCUUCCAAAACCUUCUGAAGACUUAUCCCAAUAUACUGAAGGCAUACCCCAGUAUAAUGAAGAAAGCACUCUAAUCAGCAUUGCAGAAGAAGUAGACCAGUUUGUAGAUUCACCACUGAAUGAAAAUAUUGUUUCAUUUACAAAAGAAAAUAUUAGUGCAGCCUCAAAUUUUGAAACUGCCAUGGCUGUGGCAUCUCUUCAAAAUGAAACAAUUUCAGAAUCUCACGUAGAAAGAAGAUUAAGUGAAAAAGAAAUAAGAGAAAUGGAAGCUAUCCGGAUGGCUGUCGCUAGCAUAACUGAUAGCUCUCAAGAUAACUCUUACGACAGCUACUUGGUGGAUAAUACAAUGACAGCAGAAGAAUUUGUUAGUGAAGACAUUGAAAACACUAAAUCUGCAGAAGAUAUUGAAACCUGCUUAGCUGAGUCUACAUCUGUUGAGGAAAAAGAAAUUUGUAAAGAAGAAUCAGAAGCUACCUCUAAUGACAUACAAGAACAAAUAGGAGGGGUUAUAGAAGCAUGUUUAGAAGAUGCAUCUGAAGUUGACAUUUCUGAAGCAGUUGCUUCUGAUUCUACACAAGUUGAUCUCGUUGAAAAUGAAAAUAGAAAAAUUGAUUUUGAUAAAAAAUUGAUGGCUUCUGAUAGUGAAGCAUUAGUUACAUGUGUUGAAGCGGAGCAACAACAUGAACAAGCAGCUUCUGUUGCAACACUUGAGCAGGUUGAAGAUGCUCCAGUAGAACAGGUUGAACAAGUUAAAGAAACUCCUGUAGAACAGGUUAUCGAGAUUCCUAUGACUAAAGGACUUGUAGAAAAGAUUGAAAAAGCUCCUGUAGAACAAAUUAAUGAAGCUCCUGUGGAACAGGUCAAAGAUGCUCUAGUAGAACAGGUUAAAGAAACUCCUGUAGAACAGGUUCAAGAAACGCCUGUAGAACAUUUUGAAGAGAGUAUUGUUAAAAAGGUUGCAGAAGCUUCUGUAGGUCAGGUUAACGAAACUCCUUUAGAACAGGAAGAGGCUGCUGUAAAACAGGUUGGAGGAGCUCCUGUAGAACAAGUUAAAGACGCCCCUGUAGAACAGGUUGAAGAAGCUUCUGUAGAACCGGUUGAAGAAACUUCUGUAGAAAUAGUUCAAGAAGGUCCUAUAGAACAGGUUGCGAAAGCUCCUGUAGAGAAGGCUAAAGAAGCUCCUAUAAAACAGGUUGCAAAAGCUCCUGUAGAACAGGCUAAAGAAGCUCCUGUGGAACAGGCUAAAGUAGCUCCUAUAGAACAGGUUGCAAAAGCUCCUGUAGAACAGGCUAAAGAAUCUUCUGUAGAACAGGCUAAAAUAGCUCCUACAGAACAGGUUGCGAAAGCUCCUGUAGAGCAGGUUGAAAAGGCUUCUGUAGAGCAAGUUGAAAAAGUUAUUGUUGAGCAAGUCGCAGAAGAAAGACCUAAGCGGACUAAGCGAAACAAAGUUAUUGAACCACUUAGUAUAAAUGUAGAGGAAGUCGAUAAAAAAGAGAAAAUCUACAGUCCUAAAGUUACAAUAAAACCUAUAAAAGCACCUGAUGAAGAAGUCAGUACAACUUCAGCUGAUGCUGACGCCAAUAAAGUCAGCUUAAAAAUGACCAUAACAAAACAAUCUGACAAGAUGCAUUCAAUUCUAAAAGUCUUUGAUCCGGAAGACGAAAUUGAAGUGUCUCAGACACAAGAAGAGCCAAUUCGUAAAUCAGUGUUUAAGCCAAAAAUACAACAAGUCGAAAAACAACACAGCCCGAAAAUGAGUACAAGAAGCACUAAAGUUUAUUCUCCUACAAGUACAAGAAGCAGUAGCCCGAGAAUUAAUAAACCAGUAACUGAAAUAAAACCUGACCCUCAUAGUCCAUUGAAGUUUACUUUGAAAUCUGUUAUGAAACCGGAGGAGGUAGCUAAAAAACUUAGUGUUAAGCCAACAAAAGAGCAAGAACCAAAAAAUCACAGUCCAAAAAUCAAGAUAAAACCUAUACCAAUGCCAGUGGAAGAGGAAAAAGAAGAAGUUCCAAAAUUGAAUAUAAAAGCAAUUAAAAGACAUUUAGAAGAAGACAUUACUGACGUUGAACAAGGAAGAUCUAGUCCUAAAGUUGUGAAACCGCAAAUAGAAUCUCCCACAAAAUCGAAAAAAAUGAAACAAGUGCCCAGUUUAUUAGAAAAAGAUCAACUAUUGUCUGUUGAAACUGUUGAAGAUGAAGCAGUGGAAGAAGUGAAAGAAAGGAUUGUUUUGAAGAUCAAUAAAGGUCCUGUAUUAGAAAAACCUCAAUUACCAUCGAUUGAAACUGUGGAAGAUGAAGCAGCGGAAGAAGUGAAAGAAAGAAUUGUUUUGAAGAUUAACAAAGGUGAUUUGCCAACUCCUGCAUCAGAAAACGACCAGUUAUUGUCUGUAAAAACUGUGGAAGGUGAAGAAGAGGAAGGAGUGAAAGAAAGGAUUGUUUUGAAGAUUAAUAAAGGCGAUUUGCCACCUCCUGCAUCAGGAAACGAUCAAUUAUUGUCUGUAAAAACAGUUGGAGCUGAAGCAGAGGAAGAAUCAAAAGAAAGGAUUGUUUUGAAAAUUAAUAAAGGUGAUUUGCCAACUCCUGCAUUACAAAUCGAUCAAUCAUUGUCUGUGGAAAAUGAAGUCGAAGAAGAAGUGAAAGAAAGGAUUGUCUUGAAGAUUAAUAAAGGUAACUUGCCUUCCCCUGUGAAAGACUCGAAAAAACGAAACUGUGCGGAAGAAGAAAAACUAGAAAAAGCCGCCAUCAAAAUGAAGUUUUCCACUACUGGAGGUACAACUCACAUUGUACAAGACAGUGAAGAGACCAGCAGCAAAAGACAAAGAACAGAUAGUGGUUAUUCAGCACCUAGUAAGUUUGUUGAGGAAGUUUCUCAAAAACGACCGCUGGAGGAAAAAGUAUUAGAGAAAAAUAAAAGAUUGAAAAAUAGUGUGGAUGACAAAAACGAAGAUAGUAAUGAUGCUGUUAGGAUUGUUGAGACGAAACUUAAUUCUCCAAUAGUUAUCAGUGAGGAUUCAAGGUCUCAACACAGUGCAGACUGCGUCAUUUCUGACGAUCCAGUCCCAGAUAUAUCAAAAAUUGCCAAUAUAGCCUCGGCCACUACCCACAUUGCAGUCACCCCUGUCCUCACCGUAGGAGUAGCAACACCAGUGACUCCUUCCCCAAAGAAACGCGGUAGACCAAGGAAAGCCGUUUUGGAGGUUAGAAAAGAAUUUUCACCCGUGGAAGCUUCACCUACAACAUCUUCAACGUCUUUGGUUAGUAGUGAUGCCGCAACUCCUGAAGCGUCUCCAUCGCCCGGUGGUCGACCGAAACGUAGCUGUAGAGGUACGGGUCAAAACGUCACAGCGAUUUUGGGUCUGAAGCCGAGAAAACCGAGAGGUGGCGGCAGGGGCCGUGGCGGAAAAGUCAAUAUGGGUGAUAGACAGCCACCUGCAGCGGCACAAGCUGCUCCGGAACCACCCGCUCCAGCGCCACCUGUAGUCGAGUUGCCUGUUGAGACUGUUCCAGCUAAAGCCGAAAAGGAGCCCAAAACCAAAGGCAAGCAAAAGUUGACGGCGAAAAGUGCCCAAGAGGAACCGAGUCAGGGUGCUGAGGAUUCAGCUGGACAAGCAGUAGUUUGUGUUGAAGACGAAACUGAAGGUGAAGGAGGAACGUCGCCCAAGAAGAAAAAAGACGACAAAACAUCAGCUAAAAAACUUGAGGUAACAUCCAAAAAACAAAAAUCACAUCAGAAAGAGGAAGCUGAAAAGGCCCCAAAACCAGUGGAAUCUCCAACCAAAACCGUCGCAGAAGCUGUGAUUACAAUUUCUACUGAUGACGAUUCCAACGAAAAAAAAGACUCCGAAGACGUGAAUAGUAAAAAGAGCGCAUCAGCUGCGAAACCCAAAAACAGCCCUCCCAAAAAAACUCCAGAGAAAGCGGAAGAAAAAAUUGUUGUUGAAGAGAACAAAUUCAAAGCAGACCUUCUUAAGUAUAAGCAAAUAGAAGUUGUUGAUGAAGAAGAAGACGAGAUCGUUGAAGAGGAAGACGAGGAUUCUGGAGAAGAGAGCGACUCCGUCAAGAGAAAGGAGUGGGUUUUACAGAGAAAACGAGAAGCAAUAAAGAAAUGCCGCGCCAAACGAAUGGAGAAACUCGCCAAGGCUGCUGAGUUGAAACGCAAGCGACUGGAACAGGCCCAACAACAACGGGAAGCCAGAAAAGCGGCCGAAGAAGCUGCGGCCGCGGCAGGCGAAAAGGAACGAGCCAAUAAACGGUACGGACGUUACGGCAAGCCCAAACCUCAAAUUUCUUUGAUAGACGCCCCAGUAGAAGAAACCGCUGGCACGAUUAAAAGUAAUUUGAGGCUGUUUCAUCCUGGAAGUGAAAAUAUUGACGACGACGACACUGGGUCCUUGAAGCAGCUAGAGUCUCCUCAAAAAUCCUCUGCACCAGAGCCUAUGUUAAUCGAUUCAGAAGUGAGACGUUCUUUGGGAGCCGAAGAUAUCGUGAUGCUUGAUGAAGAAACACGAAUGAGUGCUGAUUUUAGAGGUUCUAGUAGAUCACAAACUCCAGCAAAACAAGCGAUAGCACCUCCAGAUAUUAUGGUAGAAGAUUCGCAAGGAAGUAUGGGCACGGAAGGAGGCAAAUCCAGAAGUUCGAAAGCUCCGAAAAUGGAAGUGUUUCAAGACUUGGAGUCGCUUACGGCUGAGCAGCUGGCCGAAUAUUCUUGGAAUAGUCAAGGGCCGUUUAUGAUACAAGAACAAGUGGCCCAAUAUUUGGGUAUAAAAUCCUUCAAAAGGAAAUAUCCGAAUAUUACUAGGCGACAGGUGGAUAUGCAAGAAAGGGACUACUUGAAAGAUUGCAAUUUAGUUACGGAAACGCAAUGCGAUUUGGGUCUAACAGCCGUUAUAGCGCAAGAUAUUUUGGAUAUAAUGUAUACAGAUUUUCAAGAUAAAUUCGAAGAUUAUUGCAAGUGUCAACGAGAAAGACAAGCUAGAGAGUUAAUAAACAAACAAAAAGCAUUGAAUCAAUUUGUAUUGAAGCCUGGAUUCGAUAAGCUGGACAUUUUGGAACAAGCUGUACAAUCGGCAGCUGCUUGGAACAAACAAUUCAAUAAAGCACGUAGAGAACAACGAAGAGCCCAUAUGGACCUUCAAACUUUGACAGUCCAUUAUCCCAAAUCAAGAAUGAAACCUGCACAAACCAGAAAAAUCGGUCAUUAUCCUGUAGCUUUAGUACCGGGCCAAUUUACUGACUAUUACCAAGAUUACACUCCAACAGAACUAAACAAUUUACCUAUAAACACUAUGUGCUAUGACGAAAUUAAAAUCGGAAAUUAUGAAAGCUACUCUGACGGUUCUAGCAGCGGCUCGGAAAGCGAUUCUGAUUCAACGUCUGGUUCCAGCUCAGACUCUGCAGUAUGUGACGAAGACUAUUGUGGCUGCGUGAAAAAGGUAAAAAUUGACAAUAAUGAUUCGGAUGAUGUGGUUAUUAUUGAAAAUGAUGCCAGCAGUAGCGAUUCUUGUGUGUUGGUUAGUGUUACUGCAGGGCAUGCUUAGAAAAACUUUUGUAUUGUGGGUAUUUAAGGAUUUUUCUGUCUUAUUUCACUAUAUUCAGUGUUUGUUUUAAUGACUAUUGCAACUUUUUAAGAAUGGAAAAAAUUUUAGGAAAACAUUCGAAUAUGCACUAGGAAAUCGAUUUUAGGACAAUGAUGAGCCGGGUAUAGGGCUAACAAUGCUAUUUAUUUAUUGUUCAAUAAAAAAAAAAAAAAAACGUAUACACAGUUUUCUAUUAUAAAUAUCUGAAUCUUUCUCUUUUGUAUUAGUAGUUUUAUAGGAACUUUGUAUAUACAUAUAGACCAUACAAGACACCUUUAUAUUGUAUAAUUUUCAAAGGUAAAUAAAAUGAAAUUACCAAAAACGCUUGUUUUGUUUUAUUUUUACCUACAUAAUAAUUGGUUCUUAUUUUUUCAAAACAUCUAUAAAAGUCUCUCGUGGCACUGAGAUAUUAGCAAUCAUUCGCAUUUUCUUCUUUCCGGCAGCUUGUUGGGCUAAGAGCUUCUUUCUUCUAGUUACGUCAC